GUAAAGCGUAUCAUCAACACGAGACCUCAGCGAGGAGGCCUUUGUGAGCGCGCAACCGUCGCGCUUACUAAUACGCUUUCCUUCGUCUGUGACACAGGGAAAACGGGUGGUGAUCGAUCUCGUCGACAUCGAUCGGCGGGAUCGGCUCGCUGGCACCUGCCCGGGAGACCUGCGAGGAGUGCGGAAAGGCGGCAAUAAAUACCCUCCAAUAUCCGCCAUCUACGAUCUCCCUACCUCGAGUAUCUCGUUGCUCCAAUGCGCCGCCGCAACAAAGGUCGCUGGACGAAGGACGAGCACGAGCGGUUUCUCUCCGUGGUGGGACAGUUGGGCAAGACAACAGAAAGCUGGAAGUUGAUUUCAAAGUUUGUCGUUACGACGAGGUCGCCUGCUCAGGUCCGCACCCACGCGCAGAAAUACUUUCAGAGAAUUGGUCAGGGGCGACCAUUUCCCGACGAGCCGUACGCCGAUGAUCGUCUUGACGACGGCGAGGGACACGAGCAGAACGAGGAAGAAAAAGAACGACAACAAGACCAAGAGGGCGGCCGGUCUACCGCUGCAGGGGAAGCACCACCACCGCAAAUCAAGGCAACUCCCGACGGUGCUCGUUGCCACUCGCCCCCGUCCAGUGGACUGAUGGUGGUGGUAAAGGUGCCGUCCGUGGUCUCGCUGAUCAAUAGCUACGACGACGGUGGCGGUUUCCCCCAGGCCGGCGGCACCCCCGCUCUGCCACCGUCGUUGUGUUCCCCGUGCGGGCUCUUUCCAGGAUUCACGCCCAAACAGGACGGGCAAGACUCUUCUCUGGACCCGCACGUGGCGGCAGCGGCGGCGGAAACGGCGGCAGGGGCGGCUGCGCUCGGCCACGACUUGGACGGAGGCAUGUUCCUGCCCAGCGGCGGUAGUGGAGAGGGAUCAUCGGCGGCGCCACCGCUGCCACCGCUAUGGAGCGACAUCGGAGAUUCCAGCGGGGCCAGCUGUGGCGGAUCGCUCUCGAUGCCCUAUGACGGGCGUAGCGGCUCUCCUCUGGACAACUGGCCCUCGGAAUUCGAUCUGUAGGACCCCCUGUCCGCCGCUAUGUCAGCCUUGGUUAGUGUUGGCAACAACGUCAACAACUCGGCAGGUGGUGUGAAUGCUGGAGGUGUGCCGAGCCGAGCGCACAGCAUCAUCAUUUCUCGUCCUUCUGACAAACCUCUCGGCUGUCACAGAAGGUUGGGGCUCGCGAGUUUAAUGUCCUGGUUCAAGACGGAUCAUUUGAAAAAACACACCACCGGUGGGUUUCUGAGCGGUGAUUCCGUGCAUGACUCAUGCUGGCUUUCGCCUAUGAUAACACGUGGAAGGAAGGGGGCCAGGGACCCUCGGUACCAUUCUUCGUAUUUUUCAUUUUUUCGUGGCAAAAAGGGUCUGUCUAUUAGUAUUUGCACCAAUUGCGAUAUUUCUGUCGUCUUGGACCUUUCCACUCCCGUAUGCGUACGGUGUUCCUUGUUUUCAUGCAGCCACAGAAGCUACAAAGUGACUUCCAACCGCCUCUGAUAUCAGUUGCGGCAGCUGGUUGAUGUACAGUAUUUUCCUCUCUUUUGUGACAAGGCGAGGCUUCCCGCUGGUUGAAAGUGGUUGUGGCGGUGGCUGCCACGGUGUGGUGUUUACUCGUUCGUUUCUUCUGUGUUUUUUUUCCAUUUUCGAACUUUGUUUUGCUUGUAGUUCGGAAAACUCCGAAAACUCCUAGAACGUUCUCCGCGCUCCGACCCCACAUGUAUGGUGUCUUUACGCGACGGCUAGAAAACGGAAUUUGCUUGUCGAGUCCAAUGUUUCCGGGAGCAUGAUGACAUCUGAUACCUCGACCAGGAACUGCGAAAGACCAUUGCUGCCUUGAGUGUUUGAUAGUCGUCGGGAGACGGACUGCUCACUAGAGAUGGAUUCUUGACGUUAGGAUAUCUUCUUCUAGACAACUCCAUGAAAGGAAGAGCCAGAGAAGGUCAGUCAUAUUUCGAGAUGCCGUGUGCAUUGCGUAAAGAUUGGGGAUAAUUGGCAAUGAUAAUUCCGUUUUCUAGGCCAUUUCGUGUUGAGCAUGGGCCUGAGGAGGAGACCAGUAUAAUUGUCAUGGUGUACACAUGUU